UAAUUCCGACAGCCCAUGAAUGCAGCACCGCAACAAGCCCAAACUAAAACUGCGGUAGGCGGUUGAGGGGGAUGAGACGUUGAAUGAACGCCAGGAGAGGUGACUGUUCGCGAUAGUGGUGAGAGCCCAGUGAGGAUGACGCCACAUGUCGGGGCUGUUUUUGCAGCAAUUGCAGGGGUGACGGCUGUCCUGCUGCACUCCUCCAUUCACAAAAUAGAGGAAGGCCACCUUGCUGUCUACUACAGGGGUGGAGCUUUGCUGACAGGUCCCAAUGGUCCGGGAUAUCAUAUCAUGCUGCCUUUCAUUACCACAUUCCGAUCAGUUCAGACGACAUUGCAGACUGAUGAGAUCAAGAAUGUACCUUGUGGAACAAGUGGCGGGGUGAUGAUCUAUUUUGACCGAAUAGAGGUUGUCAAUAUGCUGGUCUCCUCCGCAGUGGUGGACAUAGUGAGGAACUACACGGCCGACUAUGACAAAACUCUCAUUUUCAACAAAAUUCACCACGAGUUAAACCAGUUCUGCAGCGUGCACACACUACAGGAGGUCUACAUAGAGCUCUUUGAUAUCAUUGACGAGAACCUGAAGACUGCCUUGCAGAAAGAUCUUAAUGUGAUGGCCCCUGGACUUACCAUACAGGCUGUCCGCGUAACCAAGCCAAAGAUCCCUGAGUCUAUCAGGAGAAACUUUGAACUCAUGGAAGCAGAGAAAACCCGUCUCCUAAUUACGGCUCAGACACAGAAGGUGGUGGAAAAGGAGGCGGAGACUGAGAGGAAAAAAGCCAUUAUCGAGGCUCAAAAAAUGGCUCAGGUAGCCGAGAUCCAUUUCCAGCAGAAAGUGAUGGAGAAAGAGACAGAAAAGAGGAUCUCUGAAAUCGAGGAUGCCGCCUUUCUGGCCAGGGAGAAGGCCAAGGCCGAUGCAGAAUACUACACCGCCGAGAAGGUUGCUGAAGCAAACCAGCUGAAGUUAACCCCUGAGUACCUGGAGCUGAUGAAGUACCAGGCUAUAGCGACUAAUAGCAAGAUUUACUUCGGCCAGGACAUCCCCAACAUGUUUGUGGAUGGAAACCUGGGCACACCCAAAGCCGAAAACAAUCACAAGGCACCCAAGCGGGACUCACGGAUAUCUUCCGUUGAUUUGUAAAGAGCAAAUAGAGAUUUGGAGGAUUUGAUGUGAUCAAAAAGCAGAAGGAAGAAGGUAAUGAAAAGGAUUUUUUUUUUCUUUUGGAGGGGUUAAGCGUAAGAACAAAAAGCCUGUAAAAGCUUAUCUGCCUGUAAGGCAACAGCAGGGGGUCGCUAAAAUUUUCUUGUUUAACUUUUUUUUAAUGCUUUUGGCUAACCUCGUAUGCAAAGAUCAUAAUUGUUGACACGGCCUAUCUGGACUGGAAUGCAGCGUGUGACACUAAUUAGAAACAAGAGGGCGAUUUGUUUUGGCGUGUUAGGGAGUCAACGGCCGAUGAGUUAAUGCUUAGUUGGGCAUUUCUUGGUUGCAGUUCAAACAGUGCACUGUGGCGUUUGCCAGCUGCUUAAAGAAAGCGGACUUGAAUAUUCUAAUGAGAACGGCGGAGGAGCUUCCUGUUCUUAUUUGGUCUGCUGGUUUGUGUUUUGUUGUGUGGCCUGGUGCUGAUGAUGAAAGUAGUGCCUGCUCCUAUCCACCAAUGCUUUCUGUUUAGAGCUUAUUGGGAUAUCUCAGGAAAAUAACAAUUUGUUAGAUGCUCACAAGGACUUUUUCCUAAUACUGGAUCCGAAUGCAAAUCCCUUGCAAGUUCCCUUCCCUUCUAGUUUACUGGUCUAGGAUCAGAAGGAAGUUACGGGACUGAGACACGAGAAAAUAAGCGAGAAGGCUACACAACUGCUCGACCGUCAUCACAUUCGGAUGUUGCAUACUAACUGCACAGUGUCUCAGUCUUUGCCAAACAAAAUUACGCUUGUCAUAACACUAUCAUUCUCCUGUUUUGUAAAAUGCAGUUAAUUAAUAGUGCUUGUGCCGGGGCUAGUUUGACUUUUUUUUUUUUCCCCACCCUUGGCUUUGUUUAAAGAAAAUGCGAGUUAGCCAUGGUUAACAAUGGUGGGUUAGUCACGCUGUGGUGCAUCGGCGUCGACGGGAGCCAAGAGAAAGACACCAUUUGUGUCCAGAAUGACGUUUGUGUCCAUGCGCUGAUGUUUACGUGACCGCCGAAUGGACGCACUCUUGCUCUGCUUGCUGAGGCGGUGGCGGGUGAUGGGUAUAAAUCACUCAACCUGAUUUAUUUGUUUCUUCUUGUUGACAUUUUGUACAAUCUGUGAAAUUCUCCAAAAUGGUUUCUCCUUGUUUUUAAAGGGUUUAUAUGCAAAAACAAUGUUUUGACAAUAUUCUUAAAUAAAACCUAUUUUGGUACCUCUCUUCUCCAUGCA